GAGCUCCACUGAGAGUAAUGUUAGAGAAGCGACAAGACACUGCGUAUCGCAUUCGUUUGGUGUUCCACAUACAGCCAUUGCAGUGCAUUUGAGAUACAGCGGCAGCCUUUGAUACCGAUAUCGAGAUGGGGAAAGAUCCGACGAAGCCGAGGGGCAAGAUGUCCUCCUAUGCCUACUUUGUCCAGACCUGUCGAGAGGAACACAAGAAGAAACAUCCGGAAGCUUCCGUCAACUUCUCCGAGUUCUCCAAGAAGUGCUCUGAGAGAUGGAAGACCAUGUCCGCCAAGGAGAAGGGGAAGUUUGAGGAUCUGGCCAAGCUGGACAAGGUGCGUUAUGAGAGGGAGAUGAGGAGCUACAUUCCUCCCAAGGGAGAGAAGAAGAAAAGGUUUAAGGACCCCAACGCCCCCAAGAGACCAUCGUCUGCUUUCUUCAUCUUCUGCGCUGAUUUCCGACCCCAGGUGAAGGGGGAGACCCCUGGCCUGUCUAUCGGGGAUGUGGCCAAGAAGCUGGGAGAGAAAUGGAACAACCUAACAGCAGAGGACAAGGUGCCCUAUGAGAAAAAGGCUGCCAAGCUGAAGGAGAAGUACGAGAAGGUAAACAAACAUCACCCCUUUUUGUUAUUUUAUGCAUUUGAUUUGUUUAUUUAUAUCUCUGUUAGCUGUUAGAUGGGAUGUUUUCUC